AUGGCUCUCCUUCGAGGCCUGGGGUCUGCUUCGGCCACCCUAUUUUCCAUCAUCAAUCUUGUCAAGGCUGGAAGUCUGAAAGAUAUCGACCAUGUGGUGCUCUUCAUGCAAGAGAAUCGUGCCUUUGAUCACUACUUUGGUACCAUGGCAGGAGUUCGAGGAUUCGGCGAUGCGAAUCUACAGAUGAAUGACGGCGUGCCAGUCUGGAAACAGAUAACUGACUCUUCAUUAACCACAGCUGCCAACUAUGUCAAUCCUUGGUACAUCAACUAUCUCGGUGGUAACUGGACCGGGGCCACCCAAUGCAUGCUUAGUGGUACCAAUAGCUGGUACGAGAACCAUGCUGCCUGGAAUGACGGUACCAAUGACCACUGGGCGGUAGACAACAGCCCCUACAGUAUUGGUUUCUACAAGCAACAGGACAUUCCCAUCCAGUGGGCUUUGGCAGAUAAUUUUGUGGUUGGGGAUAUGUACCAGGAGGGUGUUGUUGCCGCCACAAAUCCCAACAGAGUCACUUGGCUGUCCGGCAGCAUCAACGCGCCUGGAGGUCCUCAGACGCCCAGUGAGGGAGGCAACCCAUACAUUGACAACAACAUCACUCCGGGCUGCGAAACCGGCGGCUUCAACUGCUAUCCGCUGAAGUGGAAGACGGUUGGCGAAUUCUACGAGGAUGCCGGAACCACUUGGCAAGUCUUCCAAGAUGCUGACAACUUUGACGAUAAUUCCUACGCCCGAUUUGAGCAAUUCCAGAACGCGGCUCCAGGCUCCAGCCUUUACAACAGAGGAAUGAAGGGCUUGACUCUUGACACGUUUUACGCGCAGGCUGCCAAUGGAACCUUGCCGGAGGUGUCUUACAUUGUUGCGCCCAUGGAGCUAUCAGAGCAUCCGCCGUAUUCUCCCCACGAUGGCGCGUGGCUCCAAUACCAGGUUGCCCAAGCCGUGCUCAACUCGCCCAAGUACAAUAAGACGGCUCUCAUUGUUUCCUAUGACGAGACUGGUGGCUGGUUCGACCACGUUGACCCAUAUCGAUCGCCCAACGGCACCGCUGGGGAAUGGAUCCAGGACCCCUACGGCCAAGUCGGAUACACCUUCAUCGGGCCCGGCUUCCGGCUGCCCUUUUACAUCGUCUCCCCCUGGACUCGCAACGGCGGCGUCUUCACGGCCCACAGCGACCACAACUCGCAAAUCAUGUUUGUCGAGAAGUGGCAGGCCGCCAAGGGGCGCAACGUCACGACCGACCAGAUGGUGCCGUGGCGCCGGGGCCACAUGUCUGACCUGACGGACGCGUUUGACUUUGACAACCCGGACUAUACCAUCCCUUCUAUUCCCACGCCGCAGACGCCUCACACCGAUUCCAGCGGCAACUAUGACGGGUCUUCGUACUGCCAGUCACUCUACGGCAACACACAGCCGCCGGUGCCUUACACUGGCCCAGGUGUGAUUGACGACAUGACUACCCAGGUCCAACAAGGGUUUAAGCCUAUCCGUGGAACGCUCACCGAAGGACGCCACCUCGUUCUCGAGUUGAACGGAUUCGCCCUCGCUCAGAAGACGACCUUUCAACGUGCCCUUGUGCUGGGCCGUACUACACCGCGGCAUGACAAUCCAGCUCAGCGAUGGAUUGCCCACGCCGUGGUAAUCGGCGGCACUGAUUUCACGUUUUCUGACGACAGCGGCAAGUUUUACAUUUGCGAGAGCCAGCUUCUUUGCAGUGACCCUAGUAAGGCUGUGGUCUUUACCGUGACUUAUACAGCAGGCAGGGGGUACAUCAUCAAGGUGAAGGGCACACAGAGUUACUUGUCUAUUGGGGGGCGGGGGACGUCGAGUUAUGCUACGUUGAUGGGCGGGCGUGAUUACUGGCAGAUAUAUAGUGUUAGUUACUGA